AUGGCGAACUAUCUCGCAUCCAUUUUCGGUACCGAGCAGGACAAGGUCAAUUGCUCCUUCUACUACAAGAUCGGCGCCUGCAGACACGGUGACCGCUGCUCCCGCAAGCACGUCAAGCCUUCGUACUCGCAGACCAUCCUCAUGCCGAACAUGUACCAGAACCCGGCCUACGACCCCAAGAGCAAGAUGAACCCCAGCCAGAUGCAAAACCACUUCGACGCCUUCUACGAGGACGUGUGGUGUGAGAUGUGCAAGUACGGCGAGCUCGAAGAGCUGGUUAUCUGCGACAACAACAACGACCACCUCAUUGGCAACGUAUACGGCCGAUUCAAAUACGAAGAAGAUGCGCAGGCAGCGUGCGACGCGUUAAACUCCCGCUGGUAUUCAGCGCGACCGAUAUACUGCGAGCUAUCACCGGUUACGGAUUUCCGAGAAGCCUGUUGUCGGCUGAAUAGUGGCGAAGGCUGUGUGCGUGGAGGAUUCUGCAAUUUCAUUCACCGGAAAGACCCGUCAGACGAGCUGGACCGCGAACUGCGACUGAGCACCAAGAAGUGGCUCAAGGAGCGUGGCAGGGAUCCGCGCAGCGCUUCUCGCAGCCCUAGCCCCGAGCCCACCCGUCGGAGGUACUAG